AUGUCAAGCUGGAGGCAGGACUACUCUGCAGCCUUGCGUAUCAGGGACCAGCAAGAAAAGGCAUAUGUUUCCGUUCUGGAGGCCUCUGAUCGCUCAGGCAGCCUGGAAAAGGAACGAGCUGAAGCCGUUCGAUAUGCCCAAAACCUUUCAGGGUCCAAAGAGAAUGAUACCCCCCAAGACAAAAAAUACCAGAGCCCGCAUGAUAGCCCUGCCGUUAUACCAGGGCUAGACCCCCUGCUUACUGCGAAUCAAGACUUGGCUGCUGCACAAAAGGCGCGAGAAGAACUCUCAAAUAAGCUUGAGAAAGCCACGGGGAAGAUAGAUACACUUUUAAGAAAAUUGAAUACAGAGUCACAGAGGGUAGCGGAUUUGGCCGUAGAAAGAACACAGCUACAGAUCCGUCUAAGGGAUAGGGACGAGGAAUUAAGGGGGAAGGCUAAGCUACUUGACGAUGUCCAAGAUGAGCUUGUAACCCUAAAUCUACAAUUUAACAUGGCCGAAGAGCGGGCUAAGAGGUUUGAAGAAGAGAAUCAACAGCUCGUAGAUAGAUGGAUGGCAAGAAUGGGACAGGAAGCUGAAGCAAUGAACAAAGCAUCCAGGUUUUCAUAA